AAAACGGGAGAAGUUCCCGCGCGCCCAUUUGAAUCGAAAGCGCAAAGCAAAUCUCCACAGAGAGAGAGAGAGAGAGAGAGAGAGAGAGAGAUGGAGGAGUCGAUAGCAAGCUUCUGCGAGAGCGUGGCGUCCUUCUGCAAUCACAUAGAGACCAGCUGCAACGCCCUCAAGCAAUCCAUUCACCGCCAUCCCAUCCCUCUCGAUUCGGCAUCCUCGACCUUCAUACAAUGUCUGAAUCGGAAGGUGUCGAGCGCGAGCAGCGAGCUCAACGUUCUCGGAUCGUUGUCGUUGGAGACCGUAUCUUUUGAGGAACUGUUAGGUCACUGCAACGAGAUCUACAAGAACAAUGAGGAAAAUCUUCUUCGCCUCCAAGACUGUCUCGAGCCACUAGGAUAUGUUCCCGAAUUUGAGAUUGAUGAAGAGGAUGAUGCAACGGACGAUCUGCCGACGCCUGUUGCUAUGAAUUCAAAGAUUUUGGACGAUGAUGACGCUUUAUUGUCAUCAAGCUUAAAAGAUCUAGGAUUUUCUGAUUUGUGUCUCGAUUCUCUGGCAUCUAGAGGUAAGAGUAGGUUCGAUGACACAGAUGAAAUUUUGGUAGAGCCAAUCAACCCAAUUGGCUUGGAGGGGGAAGGAGAUCAUCGUGCUUUUGGAGCAUCCAAGAGCAACAUGCAAUUGGAUUUUGAGGAAAUGGACAAUGACUUGAAGCCUGUCAAAGCCCUUUCACCGGUUGUCAAGUUAUCAAAGGAUGAUUACGAGUGUCUUCCUUCCUAUAUGAAGGGUCUGGCACCAUGGGAGGAUCUGGUUGCCGCGGUUGAGAAGAUUAAUUCAAGCCUGAACCAGAAAACAACUGGAAGUAGUUUCUUUCACCAAGAUGAAAUUUCUUCCAUGGGAUUGGGACCAAAAGGGAGGUCUUACCUGCUGCUUCUCGUACGCAUGAACCGGUUGGUCGUCGAGACAAUAGAUGGGCUGAUAUCAUACCGAGUUCUAUAGAUGGGUAAACAAAUCAUUUAAAAAUCUUUUUAGGAGUACAAUAUUAUGUAAAUUUUAAAAAUUAGUUAAUAAGGAAAAAAAUGACAAUCAUAUUGAUUUUGAUUUCUUGUUA